CUUUUUCAUUUUCUUUAAUACUAGUACUACUAUACUAUAUAGGUAUCAAAGAAACAUAGAUCGUAAAUUCAUUGCUUCCUUUGGCUUUUUAUUUCAUCUAGACGACAUUAAAACCAGACCAAAUAAAAAAACAUUCAUAUACUUUUCCCAUAUUUUCGAAAAUUCUCUCUUUGAUCCUCCUAUCUUCUCCUCUUUAUUUUCACUUUGGGGUUUGUCUGUCUCUUCUAUAAUGAGUCUAAAAGUCGACUAGCUGUUUCAACUGUUUCGUCUCUCUCUCUCUCUCUCUGUGAAUUUUGAUUAAAAAGAAAAGAGCUAUUGUUAGCGAGGUGAAGGACAACAAAAUGGGAAGAACACCUUGUUGUGAUAAGAAAGGUUUGAAGAAAGGUCCAUGGACGGCUGAUGAAGAUGAGAUUCUUGUUGCUCAUAUCCAGAAAAAUGGCCAUGGAAGCUGGAGAUCACUCCCUAAGCAAGCUGGUUUACUUCGUUGUGGAAAGAGUUGUAGACUGAGAUGGACAAACUAUCUAAGGCCAGACAUAAAGAGAGGUCCGUUCACUGCUGAGGAAGAGAAACUUGUUGUCCAGCUUCAUGCCAUUCUCGGAAACAGGUGGGCUGCUAUUGCAGCACAGCUUCCAGGAAGAACAGACAAUGAGAUCAAGAACUUAUGGAACACUCAUUUGAAGAAGCGUCUUUUAUCUAUGGGUCUUGAUCCUAAAACUCAUGAGCCAAUAACUUCAUUCGGGUUACCUAAACAAGCUCCACCUUCUCCCACAACUCGCCACAUGGCUCAAUGGGAAAGCGCUAGAGUUGAAGCUGAGGCAAGGCUUUCUAGAGAAUCGAUGCUCUUCUGCCCUUCUUCCUCUGGUGGAGGUGUUAAAACUGACUGCGAUCACUUCUUACGCAUAUGGAACUCUGAGAUUGGUGAAGCUUUCAGGAACCUUGCUCCUAUAGACGAACCAUCUACUAGUCAAAGCCCUUGCUCUCGGACAACAUCUUCCUCAUCUGCACUUCAAAAGAGCUCAACAAAGUCUUUUGGAGGGAAAGAGGUUACUGUGGCGAUUCAUGGUUCUGAUUAUUCCCCAUGUUCAAAUAAUCUCGAGGAUGACUCAACAGACUCUGCUCUUCAACUUCUGCUUGAUUUCCCAAUAAGUGAUGACGAUAUGAGCUUCUUGGAAGAGAACAUUGACAGCUACACACAGACUCAUGUUGGUGUCGUUUCCAUGGAUUCUAAAUUCUAAUCAUCUUAUGAAAGUGUAGUAAGAAAAAGUUUUAAACUUUGGUUCUUUUUGGUCUUCUGAAGUAGAGAUAAUCUAUGUAAAUUAGCGUUAGUUAGUAGAAGAACUUAAAAGAAGAAAAAACCUUCUUGAUCCUUAAUGAGUUUGUGCAUCAA